AUGUCAUCUAAUAUCCUUGGCUACCAUCACCUGGUUGCUGUAAAGACAGCAUCCAUGAAGUACUACAAAGAUCCUGAGGAUGCUUGGAACCAGAUGUGCCUGGAGGCAAGAGUAAUGGAAUUCUUGUCAGGUUUACCAUCAUUCCCAGGUGUUUACGGCGUAUUUCGUGAAGGGAACGAAUGCAGAAUGGUACAAGAAUUUGUUGGCGACAAUCAAACCCACACCAGUACUACCUUAUUAAAUGUGAUGAAAACCGGACGUCCGACGAUAACUGGACUUGAAUGCAUCACAAUGACAUAUGAGGUCGCAAAGGGCCUCCAUGAGAUGCACACAAGAGGACUUUUACACAAUGACGUGGCAGCUAGAAACAUCUUAAUUUUUCACAACGGCAUACGCUUCACAGCAAAACUAACAGAUUUUGGGAUGGUGAGCAGCAUUCAAAAGCCAAGGCGCAGCAAAAAAAUGUCCUUUAAAUCAGAAGCUGAAAAAGAUCUUUACAUAUCCAAACAUCCCGAGACUCCAAUCGAGAAAAUUGUACACGGUGCCAGUGACUCAGUGCAAACUGACAUCUUUUCACUUGGGUACGGCAUCAAAGUGUUGGGAACUGCCAUUGGAAACAUCCACAUGUCAGCCGUCGGAGACGCUUGCAUCAGGGUCAAUGCGGGCGAACGACCACCUCUCGAUUAUGUCAUCAGCACUCUGGACCUCGUGGCAGACUGUGAAAGGGUAACUCCUGUUUGCCAGUCUAUUGAUAGACCUUUGUUUUAA